AUGAUCCCAAGAGUGAUGGCAGUGUGGCUGCCUUCAUCCCUGCUCCUCUUGCAGGUCCCAGGCUGUGUCCCUCUGCGUGGUCCCAGCUCCAUGACAGGCACCGUGGGGGAAUCCCUGAGAGUGCAGUGUCAGUAUGAAGAGAAACACAAGGCUUACAGCAAAUACUGGUGCAGAGUGUCACGGCUACGAUCUUGUCAAAAUACUGUCAAGACGAGAGCCUCGAAAGAAGCUAGGAAUGGCCGAGUGUCCAUCAGGGACGAUCCAGCCACCCUCACCUUCACAGUGACCUUGGACAACCUCACCCUGGAGGAUGCAGACACCUACAUGUGUGGUGUGGAUAUACCGUUUAUCAAUGGCUCCUGGUGGGAGAUCACUCCCUCCUUGGGGAUUGAUUCUUACUCCAAGGUUGUGGUGUCUGUGGUCCCAGCCUCUGCUGCUGUCACAGGCUCUGUCCCCGAGAACAGAACAAAUACCCUGGGGUCCCUGACAUCUUCACUGGUGCACACUCAGCCCAGUGUGACCACAGAGGACACAACUCCCGGUCCCAGCCCACACCCUCGGUCCCUGCUGAGCAGCAUUUACUUCCAGCUCCUGGUCUUUCUGGAGGUGCCCCUGCUGCUGAGCAUGCUCAGUGCGGUCCUCUGGGUGAACAGGCCUCAGGGGUGCUCUGGGGAGAAGAGGCACUGUCCCGACUAUGAAAUCAGUGAGGUCUGUUGA